AAUAUUUGAGCUGUCAAUAAUUGGGAUGAAAGAAAAUUGAGUUUUCCACGUGAAAAUAAGUGAGAAAUAACUGAAAUUUGUGUGGAAACAACGUACAAGGAAAGCUGCUGCGCCAUGGUCACGACCGGCAGCAAUUAUAUUGACAUGGAAGUCUUUGAAAAUUCCGGAAGGAAUUUGGCUGAAUACCUCAUGUCGAAGAAGCCAAAUCAGCCACAACAGAGACUUUUCAACUUUGAAGAUACCCCAGAUAGUCAGGAUGUGUCUGUUCGGGUGAUACAGAGGAAGUCGAAGAGUAGUCGAGCUCCAGCUAGAGCCACGCCGACACCCCCACCCCUAUCAUUUAAUUCCGGAACAACGAUUUCUUCUCGUUUCGAACCAGCAGUAUGCAGCACUCCGUAUGCAAAUGUCAAAGGCAUAAUUUGUCGGAAUUCAAAAAUUGAUAAAAACAACACCACUCAUGGAUCCCGAAGUAGCUCAGCGAAAAGGGUGUCAUUCCACCCGAAUGAGGUGGAUGAGGGACCAUGGCGUCCGGAUGUGUCAGAAUGCCACAAUGUGAGUAUUCCGGGAAAUGUGCCUGAAAUAGUACCAUCCCAAGGCCUCACUCCACAGGCUAGCGCCUCAAUGCGAAACCCCAAUCAGCCGCGAUCUCCGGAAUAUCCUCCAGUUGAAAAUGAUGACCUGGAGAGGACACUUGCGCAUAUUUUUGGAGCUGAUGGUUCAGCUCAGCUGAAGGUUCGUAGUGUUGCUGAACUUAAUAGCGCUGCGGGGAAUGAGUUGCAAAAUCUCACAUUUACAAAGGAUUUGCGCAAGAGUAAGGAGCCCUCACCGAAUGUGGAAGAUGUUAUAAGCCUGAUAUCCGAUGAUGAGGAUUCUCCUGAAUAUGAAGAACAUCCAGGACCAUCAUCCGAUCCCGAGGAAGAUCAUGGCGUUGCUCCCGAAGAUAAUCGUACCAUUGUUAACACAUCACAUCCCCGGACAAUCCGUGAGUCACAGAGAAUGGAAAUAUCCAUCACGGAAACCCCAAUUCGUGUGAAUUCUCGCAAAAGCACACACGGGACGAAGAACAAUCUCAUGUCCAUCCUCGAAGAUUGGUCAGAUAAUGAUACAAUCGUGUACGAUGGUGGGAGGAAUGAAGCCCCAAUGCCGGAGAAGGAAGUCACGCAAGAGAAUGCAAGACAGAAUAACCUCUCUUCGGGUUUUAUUGAUGCAAGCUCCCAGACAUCUCGGAUUGUUUCCCAACGUCGGCAGAACACCGCCAUUCCAGCGAGAAUUCAGGAAGAAAUUCACGAGAAUAUCUCUUCUGCAACGCUCCAUCGUACUCAGACUCAGCAAACACUUCCCAAUAGGACGGAAUUGUCCAGUACCUUCAAAGCUCCUCCUGCCAAGGGCCGAAAGAAGCGACCCAAGAAAAUCGAUUCACCCCUUCAGAGGCAGAUUGACAUUGAGAAAUCCGUACGUACAUCCGUUUCACGAUCUCUGGGCACUUCCCGGCGUAAACUCUACUCACAGAGCACCCAAAAUGAUGACGAAGACUCAAAUGAGAGUUGCGCGACGUCAUCAAGUCGAUCAAGUGGUGAUCAGCCGGUGAAUGCGGUACAGGAUGAGGAGGUGAUUGAUGAAGUUCCCCCCAUACCAGGUCCGAGUCAACUUCUCACGUGCAAUAUUGUCAUUGAUCGUACGGAAGUUGAGAAAUUACUUGCAUCGGAUAAAUCCACAGAAAAGGAAUCAACAAAGGAUGGGAGGAAGAAGAAGGUGGUGGGGAAUAAGCGAAAGCGUCCAGUAGCAGAGAUUGAAGAGAUUGAAGAGGAUGCGGUGCAAGAGAAGCCAACUCUACGGAGGUCCACACGGACACGGUAUGCACCAAUGGCCCCGUGGAUGAAGAUACACAAUGUGAAGCCGUUGGUUGUCAAGACAUACAAUGAGAACGUGUCGCUCAGGAAGCGCUAUGUACGAAUGGGUACGGAUGAUACGCCGGAUUUGCGCGGUGAUUUCACGAUGAUUUGGGAGAAGAAGCAGACACAGAAGGAGAAGACGCAAAAGAAGGCGCGGGAGCGGGAGAAAGCACAGAAGAGGGCGCAAGGGAAGCAACGGAGGGACAAUGAGGAGAGAGAGGAUGAAGCAAUGGAAGGGGUUGAGCCUCAGGUGGAUGCUGGUGAGCAGGAAGUGGAGCCAACGACGGGCAGAAUGCUGAAUGAAGAGCGAAACGAAGAAGCGUGUGAGGAAGUACCGGUUGCGAAUACAGAGGAUUGCGCGGGUCCAUCAGGGAGUAACCCUAAGAGAACGUUGGAUGAUAUUGUUCUCUACUGUGUGCAUGACUAUGAGCGACAAAGGAUUGAUUACUAUGAGACAGAAAGCAAUCUUCCCGGUAUUCGAACAUACAGGGGCACCGGUCAUGACAAAGUCGGAUACAUGGUAUUUGAACCUGGGACAAAGAAGCCAUCCUGCACUCUCAUGGAGGGCCGUUGUAUGUUCCAAGUGUUUGAAGGUCAAUUUAAAUUCAGAGUGGACAAGAUACGCAGUGUGGUAAAUAAAGGGGAUGUUUUGUUUCUUAAUGAAGGUCAGAAAUACUAUGCAAAAUGCAUAAACAGGAGUGGCUUGGGAGAAGUCUUUUACAUGUUGCUUCCAUGAAAAAAAAAAUUCCUCCUUUGAUCUCCCGGAAAAUUUCAAAUUUAUUGCUGAUUUUUUUUUCAAAUUGAAGUGAAAUAGAAUUUAUUUUCGAUAAAAAGAAUUAAUAACAAUAAAAAACGAUGCCUCAAACACAUUGGAAA